CCUCAACCCUCCUUCCACAGUGCGGUUUCAGUGUGCCAACUGGAGCAUUGUGAUCUGGAUUGUUUUUCAAGGUUUAAAGCUCCCAUAAAGAGUACAGAGUGCAUUUGUGUUCAGAGCUGAAGUGCAAAUAUGGAAUUUCUCGCUGGUUGGACCCACGCAUGCGGAAAGAAGUCCAAACGUGAGUGUAAUUUCCUUAUAGCGGGCGUAGUAGCAGUCUCUUUCCUUGUCCUCGUGGGACUUUCUGCCCUUCACUUACCAGAGCCUUUCACGAUCGAGCCGGGGGCGACCCUUCCUGCGGUGACACUCUUGGUUUGGACUUAUCCGUUCGGCAGGGUGAAGCCUCUACCAGAUUGUAUGGAACGCUACGGUGUCUACGGCUGUGUAUUGACGGACGACAAGAGCGCGUACCCAUACGCAGACGGAGUGCUCAUGCAGCAUCUUGCCAUCGAAGCAGGAAUUUCCAAGUUGCCACCUGAAGCAGGCCGCCCCCCGGGGCAGAAGUGGAUAUGGUUCAAUUACGAGUCUCCCACAAACACACAUGACCUGUGGCGUAUGGAGGGGCUUUUUAAUCUCACCAUGACCUAUAGAGCUGAUUCGGACAUCUUCCUCCCCUAUGGCUACCUGGUCCACAAGCAUGGCCACGGGAAGCCGCUCACAAAACCUUCAAGAAUUCCUCGUCCUGGUUUUGUAGUGUGGGCUGUGAGUAACUGGGAAGAGUCAUAUGCCCGUGUUGCAUUCUACUACGAGUUGAGGAAGUACAUCCAGAUUGACGUGUUUGGCCGAGCCGGUAAAAAAAUUACCAGAGGCCCCAAAAACUUGGUGAACCUUUUAAGGCACUACUACUUCUAUUUAGCUCUGGAGAACUCUCAGCAUACGGAUUACAUUACAGAGAAGCUUUGGAACGCCGUGUCUGCAGGAGCCGUGCCAGUGGUCCUGGGCCCAACCCGGAAGGACUAUGAGCGCUUUCUGCCGCCGGAGGCCUUCAUCCACGUGGACGAUUUCCCUUCGGUCAAAGAGCUGGCCCGGUACCUGCUGCAGCUCAGGAGGGAGCCGGCUCGGCGGAUGUUUCACCUGAGUUGGAGGACACGCUUUCGAAUGCACGAGCCGGCCUUAUGGUUUGAAUACUACUGCACUGCCUGCAAGGCUCUGAGGAAGACUGUGGGACAAACUCAUGUGGUUCAUAAUUUGACGCAAUGGUUUGACUCCUGAGUGGACUGUUUAAAAACCUCUCAAUUUGCAGGGGAUGCCAACAUAGCUCGCUGUCUAGAAUUCCUUAAAUUAAUGUUGUGGAGAUAUUGGUAUUUUUUUUCUCAUCCGCUUUUUUGAUUCCGCCACUAAUGUGUAUGGUUGCAGCAGAAAUGCAGUUUUUUUUUUUUUUUUCUGACAAAAAGGAGCUCAAUUAAUUUUCAAUGGCAAAAUUUGAUAAAAUUUCAAAAUAUAUCUCGUCCAUUUUUUCAUCUGAAAUCAAGGCGCACAAAAGUUUUAUAUUAUCUGCCAAAAAUGUACCGGUGCCACAAAAAAAAAUUGACAUCCCUGUUUAAUGUCAAUGGCUCUAUUCAUUUCCAAUGCGAAAAAAAUGACCCAAUAUCAACAGGAAAUGUGACCUGGGAAAACCCCACAUUUAACAGGAAGUGACCCAGAAAUGCCCAAAAAUCAACAGGAAAUGCAUUAUAAGUGACCCCGGAAUACCCCAGAAGUUGCAGUAGGUGACUCCAAAUCAACAGGAAAUGACCUGAAAAUUCCCUAUAAUGAAUGAGUGACCCAAAAUCAACUCAUUGCCCGCUGUUGACAUAGACAUCAAAUUCAUUUAAACUGAGAUGAAUGGCUGCGAAUCCUUAUCCUUCAGUCCAGUUCAAUCCAUUUAGACCGGGAGGGGAGAGUAAACGUACGGACGUCAUUCGCCUCUUCCCAGUCGAAACAGAUUGGUCAGUCCAGUCACGCAUUCGUAGCACUAUCCAAAAUGCAAAUUGGCAGUGACGUGUCUUCUUCCAAAGAGCCCUUAAAUAUUCUUAAUUGAUCUUGUAAUUGAUCUAUUAAAAAGAAAAUAUAAAAGGCCAAGAAUUUGAUCUUUGUGUUUUUUUUAUUUUAUUUUUUAUUUUAGGAAUCCAUAGAAAACAGUCACAUUGUGUAUUCGGACCCUAGACCCAACCUCUAACAAUGCGCUGCGCAAGGAAAAAGACUUAUUUUCAGAUAACAACCAGCCAUGCUAGCUUU